GGCACCCCUGGCCCAUGCAGGUUUGCAGGAUGCUCCAACUCGGAGCUGGGGCUGCCUCUACAGACUCUGCCAGCAGCAAGGGCACAUCACCAGGGACAGGGCAGGUCUCACCCUCCUACAGGAGGCUGUGGAGGAGAUGGGCACUGGCAGAGUUGGCAAACUCUGAGGUGAGCAGGGCAGCCACGUUGGGUGGGCGAGCUGGGCCUGACCAAACCAGCCCUGGCUCGACACUGGCAGGCACCGUGAAGUGUCCUGGCCCACCAGACAUGCUCUGGUCAGGGUAUCCUGGACACACCGAGGGGUUCCGGGGUUGUACAGUCCCAGCACCAAGUCCUGGAGCACUGGGUGCAUUUGCCAAUGGUUCAUUCCCCACCAGCCACUUGCCCAUCUGGUGCUGCCAGACAGUCUGUCCGUAUCCCUGGGGCUGUGGGAGACUGCAAGGAUGAUGGGGGCCACGGGAUGAGGUGGCAGCCGGGCAGAGCUCCCAUGGCUGCUCUGGGGAAGUGCAGGGGAGCCCUGGGUUGGGCGUCUGCCCAAGGCACAGACAGCCUGGAGGGCCCUUCAGUUGAGGACCCAGAGCAGGAGGAGAACAGCAUCUGGAACAGGAGCAGGAAUUGGGUGAGCAGCAGCAGAGCCAAUCUGCAGCCCUGUCUGCACCAUCAGUUCCUCCCGGCCUCUGGACACUGGUGACCCAGGCCAGGGGCUCCAUUCAAGCUCAUGACUGUGGCCAGGGCGGCACAGGGUGAGUCCAAGUAGGGACAGGUCGUGCCCUGUCCCUGGUGCACCCAGGCCUGCUACGCUGCCCGCAAGCAGUACCACUGCAUCCCCAUGGCCGAUCCCUGUGUGGGGCCAUAGCAGCCCAGCACUUCAGUGGGAUCAGUCUGGAGCUGUCUGGGGUCCAGCGUGCAGGGGCUGCAGCCGGUGGUGGUUGGCUGCCAUUCCUGCCGGGCGAGUUCUCAGCAUGGCCGCCCGGUCUCCUCGAGGCUCCCCCUCCCUGGUCGGCAGCCAGGAGCGGCAGAUACCUGAUACUCGGGUUGUGCAAGCGCGAAGGGGGAGCCUGGCCCUGCCCGGCCCUUGGGAACCACCCGGAAGGCCGAGCCCGCCAGCCCCACCUGGAGAGGAGCUUAAAGGCCGGCCGGGCGGCCGCAGCGCAGCCGGUUCCUGCACCAUGCCCACGGCCCGCAGCGUCCUCAUCUUGGCGGGGCUCCUGGCUCUCUGGGCAGAGCUGCCGGCAGCAUCCGCCCAGAAUGUCACCACAAAAGCCGGCGUGUGCCCGGACCCGGCGACGGAUGCGGUGAACUGCACGGUGGGGUGCCAGUCCGAUGGCGACUGCGAGAGCACCCUCAAGUGCUGCCCGGCGGCCUGCGGCAAGGCCUGCCAGAAGCCCGACGACAAGCCUGGCACCUGCCCACCCGUCAGCCCGGGCAUCCCCAUGCUGGGCGUCUGCACCAACCAGUGCAAGUCUGACGCCAACUGCUCCGGGAACCAGAAGUGUUGCAGGAAUGGCUGCGGCAAGGUCUCCUGCGUGACGCCCAUCCACUGAGGCACAGCCACCUCCUGCCAGCCCAGCCACAGGGAAGCUGCUGCCCAACACCCAUCCCGCUCACCCUGGCCGUGGCCCUGCAUCAUCCCCCUGGCUUGGAGUCUUCAGCCUCAGCUUCCUCCCCAGGGUCCCCUGCUCGGGGCAUGCCACAGCCCCCUGCACUCUGUCCAAUAAAGCAGCUUCUCCCUGCCACGCCGUGGCUGCCUCUCCA